AUGCCCAAUUUCGGUGCAACCUUCUAUCCCGGUGGUAUGGACGACUUCUAUAUGCCGCCUGAAGUAGUAGCACCCGCACCGCAAAGGAUUAUGCCAGAAGUCCCCCAGAACAUGCAACAAGGCCUCCAGCGAAUGGAGCUUGAAGCCCGAGAAGUCCCCCAGCACAGCCGCGACGCCUCGUUAUCCAACGUCUUGAAUACACGAGUAGGUGGCUUUGGCCAGCAAUAUCAGCAAGGUGGAAAGGAGUCCAACAACUACAGUCCCGCAUCCAAUUUUAGCCCGUUUCACGAGACCCAAGAUACCGACCAGAAAUUCGAGAAGAACCUCCGAGACAUGCGCGAACUUCCCUCCUUCUCGCCCUUCCCCAAGGUGCAGGGCGAGCACAUCCCACCGAGCGAUGAGGAGAAAGAGACCGUCCUUGCCGAGAGCCGCCAACUUGUCCUGCACUCCAAUGAUCCAAACAUGCAGAUCUGUUGGGCCCGUGAUGUCCUGUCGUACGUCGAGACUGCAGCCGAAGCUGCCAUUCGAGAAGCCGAUGCCGCUCGCGAUUCUAGGGAUCAGUCGUCGUCACGGCCCGCGACCCCCAAGAUUGAACACGAGUUGCGAGUUGACGCAAUGAACAUCGUAUCGUAUCUCGCUGACCAAGGUCACCCCGAGGCCAUCUUCAUACGGAGUAAGUGGGUAGAGUUUGGCAAGUUCGGCAAGCGGCAAGACAAGAAGGAGGCCUACAGCGGCUACAUGGCUGCUGCGCAGCAGGGAUGGGGCCGCGCCGACUACCGAAUCGGCAUGCUAUACGAGAACUCCAACGAUACGGAGAAGGCGAUGCGGCAUUAUCACAUGGGCUUGGAAGCCAAGGAUUCGGCCGCAUCGUAUCGCCUGGGCAUGGUUAACCUUUUGGGCCAGCGCGGCCUGCCAAAAGACAUUCCCAAAGGCUUGGAUCUCAUACACCAGGCGGCCGACACGGCUGAUGAAGAUGCGCCGCAAGGAGCCUUCGUAUACGGUAUGCUCAUAGCGCGGGACCUACCGGACGUGAAUAUUCCCGAAGGUAUGGUCUCGUUGGAUAUCGCCGUUGCCAGACAGUACAUUGAGAAGGCCGCGUAUCUCGGUUUUGCCAAGGCGCAGUUGAAGAUGGGCCAGGCAUAUGAGCUGUGCCAGCUUGGGUGUGACUUCGACCCAGCUCUCUCAUUGCACUACUACGGUCUUGCGGCAAGACAAGGCCAGCCUGAAGCAUGCCUCGGCGUCAGCAGAUGGUUCUUGUUCGGAUACGAGGGCACGUUUGCGAAGAACGAGCAGCUCGCCUUCAAAUAUGCGCAGCUUGCCGCCAAGACGAAACUGCCGACAGGCGAGUUCGCAAUGGGCUAUUAUUACGAAAUCGGGAUUUUCGUCGAGAAAGACCUGCGCGAGGCCCGGAAAUGGUACGAGCUAGCUGCAGAGCACGGUAACAAGGAUGCGGUAGGACGACUGGACGGUCUGUCACACUCUCAGUCCCUGUCGAAGAAGGAUCACGAGACCUCGACCUUGGGAAGAAUCAAGUCAAAACACGGGUCGCAACGGGGCCAGCGACCAGAACGGUUUAAGCAGAUCAACAGCUCGAUGCCCACAGUAUCCGAAGACCGCUCAUCGCCCAGGGUCUCUCCCAAUCCGUCUCCCAGGAAUCCGAAUUUCGACCACACCAACAUGCCUGAUCCCUCGAGGCCGGGUAACAUGGCGAAAAACAACCGAGCACCGCCUUUCACAGUCAAUCUCGCCGAGCGCCCCAGAUCGGCAGUCCCUUAUCCUGAGGAUGACAGGCCAGCACCUCUAAACCUAUCGAACUCGAGACCGACAUCUGCGGCGCCCUACCCCGAAGAUGAUAUGAUCGGUUCCAAGCCUCAGCUCUCUCCACACUACAACCCGAACAUCCGGUCAUCGGGGGCACCUGCCGCGGAUCGCCCCGGAAGUUCACUUGUCAUUCGUUCGCAGUCUCCCGGUGGACGUCCAGGGGGUGCCAUGCGCCCUUCCCAGUCGGCAGGUCAGCUUCCCGUUCCAUCAGGCAUGGACUCGGGCCGUGGUCGUCCCGCAUCGGCGGGAUGGCAAUCUCAAGCUCCCGGAGGCUACCGGCAACCUAGCCCAGGGCCUCGGGCUCAGGACUAUCGCGCUCCCACCGGACAGUAUGAUCAGAGACCACAGUCUGGAUAUGACGGACGGUCUGGAGGCGGUCCAGGCCCGAACAACCCUGCACCGAACCGACUCGCCAAAACCGGCCCCAGCGCUGGUAGAGGAGGGCCACGGCCGUCUGGUUAUGGUGCAAGAGAAUCGUCUCUGCCGAUGCCCCAUGCUCCUGGCCCACGAGCCUCGAGCGGCGCGGCACCAUACGACUCGUCUGGUGGUCGGAGUUCCGCUGCUCCAGCUGCAUCUUCGCCUACAAUGAGCGGGGGCCUCGGAACCCGAACAAGUUCUAUACCACAGCAAGGCCUCCCCCAAGGCGGCCCAGGGGGCCAGAGAAUGGGAGGCGGAGGACGGCCUGGAGUAUCCCUCACGGACCGGCCAAUGCCGAUGGACGACCAUGGCGGGCGCUCAAGUGCACCUCCGUCGCAGGCACGACCAGGCAUGGCCAGCCCGGCACCCAGUACUGCUACAAACAACUCGGUUGCAUCUGCACCCGCAGCGAGGCCGCCACCCAAGGCAGGACCUGCCACUUUUGAGCAGAUGGGUAUCCCUCAAGCUAAGAAAGACGACGAUUGCGUUGUGAUGUAA